CUCCGGGCUGCAGAGCGGGGAUUUUUUUUAAUUUUAUUUUUUAUUUUUGCCUUGUUUCGGUCGGUUAUAUAAUUUUCCGCCUCGUUUUCUGGACAGAACUGAUCGAUUUGGGAGAUCGAAUUUGAAGUUUAGGCUAUAACAAAUGGUAAUGAUUUGCCCACACACAGUGCCAAGACGCUGCAGGCCGCACAAAUGUUUGACUUUGAACGGAUCAUAUUGAGGACAAAAUGAUGGAUAUUACUGGAUGUGUGAAUGCAAAACAACUUUCCACACUUUCAUCGGCACCUGUACUUUUGGUACCAAAACGAAGAGCAGCUGGACGUCAACUUGACCUCAGUUAGGUUUUAUUAUUUAAAGUGCUCUGUUCUUCUCACAAGUGGACAAAUGACUGUGCAACUCUGAGAUUUUUACUUUUUAUUUUUUCAAGUGUGACUUAGUCUGGGUGCAGGAGAAGAUCAACUUCGGUCCUCUACUUUAAAUUUCAUUCAGGAUUUUAAAGAUCGUUUGAAGUUUUAUUCGCUCUUUCACUGAAGUCGUGGAGGUGGUCUGUCCUCCCGAGGGAUGGUUCUAGGCUCCCGAGAUCAGGGAGCGACAGCCCGGCUCCUCCAGUGGACUCCAUCCUGGUGCCAAUGCAGUGGAUCUGAGAGGAGAUGAGAGUCGCCGUUUACCACCUCCUCGCCGGCUACCUCUGCCUUUUACGCGCCGCUGCUGAGGAGUCUCCUCUCCCCCGGGAGCUGCUGGAGCGGCUGUCCCGCAGCGAGAUCCGCAGCAUCAGCGACCUCCAGCGGCUGCUAGAGAUAGACUCCGUAGAGAACGAGGUGAUCGAGGAGACCAAACACAGCUACCACAAGGACUUCUCUCACAGCUUCCCUGACCUGAAACGAGCUCACACACACACCAGACACAGGAGGAGCACCGUGGUGGAAGAGGCCUUGCCAGCUGUGUGCAAAGUGCGGACAACGAUUUAUGAAAUCCCCAGGAGCCAGGUGGAUUCCACUUCGGCCAACUUCAUCAUCUGGCCUCCGUGCGUCGAGGUGAAACGUUGCACCGGCUGCUGCAACACCAGCAACAUGAGGUGCCAGGCGGCCCGCAAGCAUCACCGCACUGUCAAGGUGGCAAAGGUGGAGUACGUGCGGCGGCGGCCCAAGCUGAAGGAGGUGCAGGUGAAGCUGGAGGAUCACUUAGAGUGCAUGUGCACCAACAAACGCCACAUCAGUCCAAACUCAGACACAGACAAUGGCAUCAGGUGAAGAGGGACAGCCAGACGAAGGAGCAGAGGAGAGAAAGAAGGACGGCGGCCUGAAACAGAAAACAUCUUCUGCCUUUGACUUUCUUCACCACCUGCCAUCGAGUGACAGUGAAAGGUUUGACGGAUCAUAUCUUGCCACGCGAUCUUUGGGAGGUUUGAUGGUGGACCUCGACUGUACUUUGAAACCUUUGCUAAAAAGCAAAGCAUCAAACUUCCAGACACAGACAUGAUUUCCAAACAGACUGAUGAUUCCUCGACGGAGAAGAGAAGCGAUCAGAUGGUGAAAAUUCUGAAUUCUGACAGAACAGAGGUGGCUUCUAGGAUACCCAAGGACUAACUGUCUGUGCCGUGCUCCUUCUCCAGAGUAUAAACCGCUCAGCCACUCGGAUUAUAAACUGGGUUGGAAUCCUUUCUAGAAACAGUGACUGGGAUUAGGUUUUUGUACUCCAAGAUUUACUCUUCCUCAGCAAAGCACUCACACACAUGCACGUACUGUAUAUCCUCUUAUUUUUUUUAUAACCUCUCAUUUUCUAUUGCUGUCUGUUUCUAUUUCUGGUAUGUUAUCCGCAUAAGGAAUAGGGGGAAGAUGAUCCUCCUGACAUGUUACCGAUACUAAUAAAAUAUUUAUAUGAAAACAAAA